AGUGGUAAUGACAACGGGCUUUAUCCGUUGAAAAGAAACAAUAUUAACCACUUUCCGCCUUUCGCUGCUCUUCACGGGUUCCCUAGAUUUCUCCGGCCAACGACGAAGUAAAUCUGCUGACAUGUAAGAGUAAACCUUCCAAAACCACCGCAUCACCACCACCUCCGCACCCAUUCGCCGCCGCCGCCGUUGUCGUCGAAAGAUUCGCCUGUGAAUUGUGCUGUUGUUCAGUCAUGCGUUCCCGGUUCGCCCCUCCCUGUUAUUCUUUUUUUCGAUUUUCCUGCCCCAACUCUCUCAGAACCCUAAUCGGCGCCAACCACACCUCCGCUCGCUUCUGCUCCCGCUAAUCGGUGAAGGUUUUUGGAGUUUUACAGCUUUGUUCUCUUUUUUGGGUUUUCUGAUCUGAAAUCCAUGGAGACUGCCGCGGGGAAGCCGAGCUUCCUGCGAAACAUUUUGGUGCGAGGGCUCUUGUUUUCGGUUCUUUUCUUUUGCGUUCGAUUCGCUUAUGUUGUUACGAUUCGCGGCGAGGCCUGUGAUCUCGGGGAUUUCUGUUUUUUCUCCCUGCCGGAUAAUUUCAGCUUUGUCGCCGGCGGCCAGCGGCUCGAUGCUUCGGCGGUGGUCGGGAACAACAUUCGAUCUGCUGCGGUAGUUGGAGCGGAGCGUAGCGAUCUAUGGACUAGUAAAGACUAUCGCAAGGCCGUACAGUUCUACUCAUCCGUGUUCCAGGAUCUGAUCUCCGAAGGCUUCCUCUCGCCGGAGUCGAAGUCGCUGUGCGUCGAAACCCCUACCGGACGAGACGUGUUUGCCUUGAAAGAGACCGGCGUGCCGGACGCGAUCGGAACCGCUAAGAAGGCAUCUAAGCCGUUGGUUGUUAAAGGGCAGCCGAAUGCACUGCCCUUCGAUGAUUAUACGUUUGACUUCGUGUUCUCCGGUUAUGGUGCGCUCGACAAAUCUGCUCGGCCGCUCGAUGUCGCGACGGAGAUUGCCAGGACUCUUAAACCCGAAGGGUUUGUGGUCGUCCACAGUGCUUCGAACGAUACCUAUAGUUUCAAUUCAUUUCUUGAUUUGUUUAAUUGUUGCAAAUAUGUUAGAUCGCGUGAUAUAGAAGGCUUCGAUUCGUCCAUGCCUUACAUUCGAGAAAUUGUUUUGAAGAAAGUGUUUGAUAUUCUUAACUACGGAGUUGCGAAACCCCAUGGCGAUUCUGCGGGUAAGUGCUCCGUUCCGGAUUAUAAACAUGAAUUAGUUCGAAACGCCGAGCCAUUGAUCACAGAGGAGCCAUUAAAGCCAUGGAUUACAUUGAAGAAAAACAUCAAGAACAUAAAGUAUCUCCCAUCGAUGGCGGAUAUAAGCUUUAAGCAAAGAUAUGUGUAUAUUGACGUCGGAGCUCGAAGUUACGGGUCAAGCAUAGCGAGUUGGUUCAGGAAGCAGUACCCAAAGCAGAAUAAGACUUUCGAAAUAUACGCCAUUGAAGCGGAUAAGACCUUCCACGAAGAGUACCGGUUGAAGAAAGGGGUUACGCUCUUGCCUUACGCGGCGUGGGUGAAGAACCAGACGUUGCUCUUCGAAAUUAAUGGAGACCCUGGUGAGGAAGUCCAGGAUAAGGGGAGGGGUAUGGGUCGGAUUCGACCUUUUCAAUCGGCGGCGAGCUCCCGCUCGGACGUCGAUAAAAUUCAAGGAUUCGAUUUUGCAAAUUGGGUGAAGAACACUUUCUCGGAGAGAGAUUAUGUUGUGAUGAAGAUGGAUGUCGAAGGAACCGAAUUCGAUCUGAUACCCAGGCUGAUCAAAACUGGAGCUAUUUGCUUGAUCGAUGAGAUUUUUCUUGAAUGCCAUUAUAAUCGGUGGCAGAGGUGCUGUCCCGGCGAGAGGUCUUCCAAAUAUAAGAAAACCUACGGCCAGUGCUUGGAGCUCUUCUCUUCUCUCCGACGAAGCGGCGUUCUUGUUCAUCAGUGGUGGUGAUCGACGGCGACAAUCACGUGCAUCUCUCAUAACGUUGUGGGAUGAAAAAACAUGUAAUUUUGCUGUGGGAGAAAUCUGCGAUGAUUCUCGUCUUGAUUCGAAGGGAAAGAAUGGAAUGGAUCAUAAACAAAUAUUAUUCUA